UUUUGCCGGUUGCAACCGGCAAAACUGACCCCAAGUAGUUUUGCCCCCCACACUAGUAUGCAUACUUGAUACGAAGGUUUUCGGGGGUUGCCGUGACUGAUCCAACCCUGGAUGAUGUUCUUUCCUUUCAUCCUGGCAGUUGUGACACUCCUGCUUUCUAUCCUUUACAAGCCGUCUGAAUUUAACACAGAUGCGCUAUUAGAACGGACUGUGUCGCCUCCACGCGUCCUCCUAUUAACUGCUCAUCCUGACGACGAAUGCUUUUUCUUUGCGCCAACAAUUCUGGCGCUUCGGCGAAGUAGCUUAAGUCCUGAAAUCUUCUCCUUAUGCUUAUCCAGCGGAAACGCUGAUGGUAUCGGGGAACAACGAAAGGGGGAGCUUGUGCGCAGCUUAGACAUCCUCGGAGUUGAGAAGGAUAACCGUUGGAUUAUUGAACAUCCACAGUUGCAAGAUAACAUAACGCAGCAGUGGGAUGCAGAGAUUAUUGCUCAAGUCCUUCAACCAUUCGUGAUCGAGCACCACAUAACUUCUGUCUUGACUUUUGACAUCAAGGGCAUAUCUUUGCAUCCCAAUCACUUUUCGCUCCCAUUGGGUGUAUCAUACCUCAUCAAAUCUCUGUCAUCUUCCUCACAUAUAUCUGUGCCACGUCUCUUCAGUUUGGUCACAGUGCCGGUCCUUCCCAAAUAUGCCGGGCUGCCGUCUGCAAUUCUUGCUCGCAUUGGCAUCGUCUCUCAAGCUUUUUUAGCCUUUGAGCCUACGGUAGAUUCACUUCCCGUUUUCAUUUCAGGGAUCCCGGACUACCUCACAACUGCAAGGGCCAUUUUAGCACAUGACUCGCAGAUGGUGUGGUUUCGCUAUUUGUACAUGACGUUUUCGAGGUAUAUGUGGGUCAACGAAUGGGUCGAGUUCAAGUCUGAGAAUGUGUAGGGCAAGAUCUACUUAAUACUACCAUGCCAGGGUCUAGGUCAGAGUAAUCUAGAAGACAAGUAGGCCAGAGUUCAAAAUACAUCAUGCUGGGCUACAAACGUACUGAAGAUAUCGUGUUCGAAAAUACUUAUGUCGG